AUGAACACUUGGAAAUUGACUGUAUUCGCCUUUUUGGUGAUUUCGACUGGCGUUUUUGCCAAUGAAGAAAUGGUGAGUUUUGGAUAUGACUUGAAGGUACAGGUGGACCCUGAAGCCUACACUAAGAUCCCGGAGAACCAUAAGACCUUUAGGAUUUAAAAGCCUGAAAUUCUUAACUAACAAGCUUUAGGCUUCACAUGCUCUACAAGCCUAAACAUUUUUUGUUAAGGCUUAGGGCUAUCCUCUUAAAACAUUCUUAAAAAUUGUCGUAGGUUCUUCGCGCUCGUCGCCAAUCAUCGUGCGGUUGUGCAGUUCCUGCCACAACAUCCUGCAGUUGUCAAUCGAACACCCAAUGCUCUUGCUCUCAACCAACUCAAUCAUCGUCCUGUGGAUGUGCCCAACAAUAUCAACAAUCCCAAUGCACCCCAUCCUGCCAAUCCUCAUGCACCUCUUCGUGCAGUCCAACACAAUCCACCCAACAAUGUGCUUCAUCUUGCUCAAACACUUGUCAAUCAGCCUGUUCACAAGCUUCAUAUUCGCAACAAACCGCUCAACAACAAUGCGAACAAUCGUGUCAAUCAUCUUGCUCGAAUAAUCAAGCUACAACUCAAUCUAGCAUCAAUUGCAAUCAACAAUGUGCAACAAGCUGUCUUUCCGAUGAUCAAUAUGCUCAACAAUUGAUCCAACAACAAACCUAUUCUCAACCAGGAAGUAUCCCAGCUUAUUCAUACACUGCUAGCUCAACAUACGCUCCAGUCACUUCGCAAUGCAACACUUGCCAAAACUCUUGUCAAAACUCCUGCCAACAAUCUCAACCAGCUCAACAAUGUCAAAGCUCGUGCAAUCAAUCUUGUCAAUCAUCGUGCACUCAACAAACCAACAAUUAUCAACAACCUGGAGCUAUUCCAUCAUAUCAAACUGCUACCACUCAAGUUUACCGUGAUACUGGAUGCAAUCAAAAUACUAACACUAAUUGCAAUCAAAACACAUAUUCAACAAAUACCUACAACCCAUAUCAAGAUGAUAGCAACACAAACAGCGCUUACAAUCAAUGUAACUCGUGUCAAAAUGAUUGUAAUCAAUCGUGUUUGUCGAACAAUAAUCAAGCUCUUCAAUGCUCUCAACAAUGUGAUGCCCAAUGUCAACCAAUCUGUGAACAAGCUCAACAACAACAAAAUAACUAUCAACAACAAAAUGUUUAUAAUAACAACAAUUAUCAACAACAACAAACUCAAACUAUUCAAGCACAAAGAGGACAAGAGAUCCAAUUGACGAUUACAGUUCCAGUUUCACAACAAUCAAAUCAAUGUCAACCAGCUUGCGAACAAUCAUGCAAUACUCAAUGCAUUCAACAAAAUCAGGUAAGACAAAAAAAAUUCUAGAAGAAUCACAAAAAAUUUCCCGAAAUUUUCAGUCAGUUUCCCAAUGUCAACCAGCCUGUCAACAAUCCUGCACAAACUCUUGCUCAUCCCAAUCUCAACAAACUGUUUCCUGUCAAUACAGUAACGGAAAUCAACAACAAUGUGGAUGUCCAACUAAUUAUUCGCAAUGUGGAGGACAGUGCUGUAGAAAAUAAUUGAUCGUUUCCGAACAAUUUUUCUGUAUAUUUUCGACCUAAUAUAAAGGGUUAAUAUUUUCGAAUCGAUUGAUUGUUGAUUUUCAGGAUAGUUUAGAUUUUCAAGAAAAAUCGAAGUUUUCAGAAUUUUUAUCUGAAAACAUUUCCCGGAAAAGUUAGGCUUCAAAAAAUAUUUGAUUUUUUUUUUCGAAAAAUUUGGAUCACGCGAAAAACAUUUAUUUUUCAAUUUUUGUUUUUUUUUUCUCAACCUGAUAAAAAUCUUGCCACGUAUCUUUUGUCAUAUACGUGGCAAUACGUGGCGGCCUUUUCUCUUGUUUUUCUCGUUUUUGUCCAGUCAUUAAUAAUUAUUUGCAUUCGGGAAAUGGUGAGUUAACAAACUAAUAAUGGAGGAACACCGCCAACUCGAAAUUUUCUAUCAAAAAUUUAUUUGAUCUACCCCGCUAUUUUUAUAUUUUUGGCGAACUAAACAACACUCAUCGAUCUUUUGCCAUUUUCAUCAUUUUGUGUAUUUUUUGGCCGUGCAAGGAUGUGAAAGAUGAGUUUUUCGGGGUUUUUUAAUGCUUUCAAAUGAAAAAUUUCGAAGUAUGACCCACUCGGAUCCUAAAGAACUAGAGAAAGUCUGCGCGCGCUCCCUGAGUUAGUACCGCCUACCAGCUUUCGAAACCCAAAGCCAUUCAUUUGACAUGAGUGAGGAUUCUUCAUUGAAUCCCUUUGCUGCGGCCGGAAAACAGUGACGGGAGUUGCAUUGGGUUUUGCGUAUCGUUUAUGAUGUUUUUUUGGUGAAGAGUGGGACAAAACAUGGGAAAUGAAUGAGAAAGGGAUGUUGCUUUGAAAAUAAUGAUUUUUCUAUUUUCAUUUUUGUUUUUUUUGCAGUCGAUUCAAAUAUGGAUGGAUGCAUGGAUUUGGUAUACGAUCGAUGCGACAAGUCAUUGCAGUUUUCACUCUGAGGUAUAAGGUAAGGAGAAUAUUUAGCUAAGGGAACCCUUGAAAAAUCCAGAAUUUAGAAAUUGAAAAAAUUUUUGAUAAAAUUUUAGUCCCGGAAAAAUUAGGUUAAAAAAAUGUUAACUUUUUGUUGAGUUUGAGUGAAUAAUUUUUAUCUCUUGGAUUUUUGAAAUGAUUUUGGAUUGAAACCUGAUUUUUUCUUUGAAAGUAUUGUUUUAACAUGAGCAAUAUUGAAAAAUCGAUGAUUUAUAUUUUGAAAAAUGUCAGAAAAAAUAUCCCGGAAAAAUUAGGUUUCAAAAAUAUUUAAUUUUUGAAAUUUUGUGAGAAAUAUUGGUAGUUUGAAGUUAUAGAAAUGUUUUAAAAACCAGAUUUUUCAUUGACUAAUAUGAGAAAUGUUGAAAACUGAUACGAGUAAUCUUCAAAAAUCUAAAUGUUUUAUUAAAAAUUCAUCAGAAAAAAUAUCCCGAAAAAAUUAGGUUUCAAUUUUUUUUAAUUUCGGAAAAAUAUUAAUGCAGCAAUUUUUUGUAAAUUGAAAACGAAAUCACUGGUGAAUAUUUCUUUGACAUGAGCAAUGUUGAAAAAUCCAAUAUUGGUAAUUGUAUGUUGUAGAAUUUUUGAAAAAUCCAGAUUUUUCAUUGACUAAUGUUGAAAAAUCUAGAUUUUCAAAAAAUUUCAGAAAAAAAUUCCCGGAAAAAUUAGGUUUCAAUUUUUUUAAAAAUUAUUUUCAAAAUUUUGGAAAAAUAUUCUCAGGUCAAUCAUUCUUUUAAAAAUUAAAAAAAAAAAUCAUUGGUAACAUGAGCAAUAUUUUAUUUCUCAUCAUCAAAAAUCAAGACUUCCUUUUACAGUCGCAGCUCAACAAUUCAACGAAAAACGCCUUCCCAACCGGUCUUUUGAGGUCAAUUUAUAUGAAUACCCACUUUCAUUAUUAUUAUUAUGUAUACAACAAAUAGAAGAAGCAUUUAUUAUUUGGCUCAUUCUCAUUUUUAUGGUCGUCGACUGUGCCAUGUUGACAACUUCUGAAGUCGAAUUUGUAAAUGAAUGGGUUGAAGGAACUGCAGCUAUUGAAAAUCAACAGCAAAUGGAUACUUUGGUAAGUUGGGUUUUUUUGUGGAAAUUUUUCUGUGAAUUUUGUUUUUGUAGGUAUCUCAAUAUGGAUAUGCUUUAGUUGGAUUGGACAAUCUGAAAACUAUUGAUCGGAAAAAGGAGAAGAAGAAAAAGAAAAAGGUAAGGGGAUCAAGUUAGGGUAACUUUUAAGUAGUAAACCUUUAGGGGACCCAGGGAACAUCUCAAAUUUAUCAUCAGAAAUCACAGUAGCUACUGUUUCGUUUCGCACACCUCACAAAAUAAUCGCCAAAACUUCCUCCGAAUACAUCCGAUUAAACACAAAACAAAUAGGCUGGUUAACAACAACAACAGCCUUUUUGACCAUCCAUUGUCUCGAAACUCUUUUUUCGUGCUCUUUUACGCUUCUUCUUCUUCAUUUUCUUCAAAUAAUUAGUUCACAUUUUUGGGAGAUGGGAGACGAUGAUGUUUCUCAAACAGCAUCGACUCCAGUAACUCCAUCGGUUAAGAAACGAGAAAUAUUGAGUAGCGUUAUGAAAUCUAUCAGUAGUAGUAGUAGUAAUGCUGCGACCAAUAUUUCAUCGACUGUUUCGACGCCAGCGUCGAAGAAAAAAGUUUUUGAGGAGAAAAAGGUGAGCAUCUGAAAAUUAUUUCGGGGUCCCCUUUUAACCAUAGGGGGGGGCACCAGUAGACCUGGGAAAUUUCAACGUGGCACCGUAAAACGUAAAAUGUGCAUUUUACGGUUUUCAUUGACUACACUAUAGAUAAAGUUUGACUACACUAUAGAUUCUAUACCUAUCAAAUUUGAAAAGAAUAUUAGGGAUCUAGGAUUUAUAAUAUCACAAAAGUUGGAUUUUGAAGAACACUGGAAAAAAUAUGUUUCUAAAGCUAAUUAUGUGACAUAUCAAAUUUUCAAGACUUUCGAAAGCAAAAAUAUAAAGUUCAUGAUUAACUUAUAUAAAACUUUUGUACGCCCAAUAUUAGAAUAUGGAACAGUAGUGACUUCUCCUUCAACUAAGAAAUUGAAAAAAAUCAUAGAAAGUGCCCAAAACAAUUUCACAAGAAAAUUAUUAUUUAGACACAAAGGGAGAUUUAUUAGAUCAGAUGAGAAGGAUUAUAAGUUUAAUGAAACACGAAAUAAUGAGUUUGGUUUGAUGAGCUUGGAAAAUCGUAGAAUUAAAAUCGACAACUUAUUUCUAUAUAAACUCAACACAAAUAAAAUUGAUCUUAUUUAUGGAAAACUCUUCACCUUAAAAACGGAUUCUAAAACUCGUAGUAAAGUAAGAUAUCAUUACAAAGUUCCAAAAACGAAUAUUCGCAAAAACUUCUUUACUCACCGCACUUGCUCAUUACAAAUUUCAGAUUCACCAAAUAAUAGACCUACAUUAGCAUAAAUACUCGCGCAUAACCACCCCCCGGGUUCUAACUCGUAAUCCUGCAUCAACUUUCUUUGUCUUUUCAUGUAUUUUAUGAUUUUAUACUUGUUUGUCACGUUGUCCCACAACGUAUUCAAUAAAUAAAAUAAAAAUAUUUUUUUAAGUUUAAGAACAAAAUUUUAACAAAUAAAAAUUAAUUAAUUAGGAUUCAAUCAAAAUUUUCUUUAAAAAAUGUUGUGUUUUUUUUUGAAGUUUUAAUUUGAUUCUGUCAAAAUUCACCCUGUUUAGGGAUUUUUACGAAGUAUUUUACGUUUUUUGAGCCGUAAAACCGUAAAACGUAAAAAACGGUAAAAUUCCCAGGUCUGGUCACCAGGGCCCGAAUCCAGAAGUUUGGAAGCUCUGGCCUAUUUUGUAAGCCUGAUUUUGAAUGUUGAACAAAUUAACAUGAGCUAUCCAAUUUCGGUAUAAACGCAGAACAGCCCCCCACCUGAUUAUGUCCCCCCAAGGCUCGGCAAAGCCCCCCACUUUUGUAAAAUUGCCCCCCCAUUAUAAUGGUAUAAGGCAGUGGGGGUGUAUUCUGAAAUUAUCAAAAUUUGAGAAGUGGGUAAAUUUUUUUAUCACAAAAAAAACCCCCACAGUGAAAAUGGGGGGUUGUUUUUGGACACCGGACAAAACGCAGAACAGACCCCCAAAGGUCUUAGUUGAGCCCCCCAUUCGGCAUUUUCAAAAUCAGCCCCCAUGUUCAAAAAGUGGGGGGCUCAUUUAAGGCUGAGAUCAGCCCCCCAAAAUAGGUGGGGGACUCAUCUAAGGCUGAGAUCAGCCCCCCAAAAUAAGUGGGGGACUCAUCUAAGGCUGAGAUAAACCCCCCAUCACGAAAAUUGGGAGGGGGUUCAUCUGAGGCUCAUUAAGGUCUCAAAAUGCCUGGUGGAAAAGCUCCUUUGAGAUAUUUUUCAUGCUUUUAUCCGGCUGCCCAAAAACAGUCUCCCAUUUUGCAGAAGAUAAUUCUUUUGGAUAAAAAUGACCACUAACAUCCAAAAUUUUGAUAAAUAAUAGAAUACCACCUCGUUACCCUAUACCAUAAUAAUAAGUGACAAUUUUGCCAAAAGGGUGAACUUUGCCAAGUCUGGGGUGAGCCCUCCUACGAAAUCCCAAACUACGGUAGAACCCAAGGAACUCACAAAUAAUUGCUGCCAUUUGUUGUUGUUAUAUAAGGGAAGAAUAAACUGAUUCUGAGAUUGUGAGAGAUAAAUAGGACAUUGAAAAUUAGGACACGUUUUGCGUGGAAUUUAAAAUAAUUUUAGAAUUUUUCUUUAAGAGCGCAAUUUUCUUAUUUAAAAAUGUCACGUCCGAAUAUUUAAAAUGUGUUUCUACUCUUCCAACCUCACAGGAAAACAAGAAGGGAAGGGGGUUCAAAUGAAAAUGUGGGGGAACGAAAUGAAUUUGCCAAGUGGGGGGCUGUAAUGCAUUGGGUGGGGGCUAUUCUAAGUUUAUACCCCAAUUUCUAGUCAAAAUUGAAUUCGUCGAAAAUCAGGGGGUCUAGAAAUUGGGAGCCCGGGUUCUAAUCUAAGGUUUAGCCUAUAACCAAUACUUGCCUGACCAGGGCCUGAAUUCUAACCAGGGUCCGGAAACUAUGUUAAGGCUCAUUUUGUGCGCCUGAAUUUUUUGGCCUAUUUUUAAUGCCAUAAUUUUGAACCCCCAAUCAGCCUGAGCCUUCCAAUUUCUAGUCAAAAUCCAAUUCUUAAAAAAUCAGCAUCAAAAAUAAAGUCAAACAAAAAUAUGAAUAGUAGACAAAAGCAUAAAUAAUUUCUUGGCAUUCCUCGAUUUUCCGCGAUUCAAACAUGCUUUCGAUCAUGUCAAACAAAUAAUAAACGGAGGUCACAAAAAAAGAGGAGAAAAGGUGUCAAAAUAUUGUGCACGAUUUGACAGCCACUGCACCGUAUUUCAUUCUUUCCUCCUGAUCCUUCUUCUUUUUCUGUUUUCUGUGGAAAAAUUGGAUUGAGAUUUUCUAGAAGUUUAGGUCUUGAGAGGUAUCUAGAUUAGAAACAUGUUUUUUUUUUGAAUUUUUUUGGAUGUUUCAGGCCGAUACUGAUCGAACGAUGGAUCGUCGAGAUCGCGACGACACUAAUUCACAUAUUUAUAUUGCAGAAGGGUGAGUUGGCUGGGGGGAUUUUGAGGUUUUUUGGAUUUUAGAAUUCUGAAAUAUCUGAUGAACCAGGAUUUUAAGCCUGAAAGCUCUUAUGUUCAGAAUUCAAUAA